AUGUCGACCUCUUCACCGAGUCUACGGGACAAACAAAUAGCGUCCAUCGAGCGCAUCCUCAACCUCAAUCACACCCCACAAGAAUCGUCCGAACCCCACCAUGAUCCAAGUUCCGCAAACGGCCUCAUCCCCAAAGCUGCUCCCAUCCUCAACUCGGAUGGAGAGCCGAUAUGGAAAGUACUCGUAUUUGACAAUCUUGGACGAGACGUAAUAAGCAGCGUGCUAAGAGUCAACGAUCUGCGAGGAUGGGGUAUUACAAUACAUCUAAAUAUCAACGGCCAAAGACAUGCCAUCCCCGAUGUUCCCGUCGUCUACUUGGUUGAACCCACGGCGACCAAUUUGGAACUUAUUACGAAAGACCUCCAAAACGGCCUCUACUCUCCCGCAUACAUCAACUUCCUUUCUUCCAUUUCGAGACCGCUGUUGGAGGACUUUGCUGCUCAAACAGCCCAGGCCGGGACCGCGGAAAGCAUUGGCCAGGUGUACGACCAAUACCUCAACUUCAUCGUGAGCGAGCCCAACCUGUUCAGUCUAGGCAUGGGUAAGGAGACGUAUUGGGCGAUGAACAGCGCGCAAACCACGGACGAUGAAAUCGAUGCAAAUGUCGACCGGAUCGUCAGUGGCUUAUUCAGUGUGGCAGUGACUAUGGGCACCAUCCCCAUAAUUCGUUGUCCGAAAGGCGGCGCAGCCGAGAUGAUUGCAGCAAAACUCGAUCGCAAACUGCGCGAUCAUAUCCUCCAGGCUAGAGACAACCUUUUCUCUGGCGCAAGAUCAACGAGCAGUGCCAGCGCGACCUCCUCAAGACCUGUGCUCAUCAUCGUUGACCGCAACGUCGAUUUAGUCCCAAUGCUGUCGCAUUCGUGGACAUAUCAAUCUCUCAUCCACGACGUCCUCUCCAUGCAACUCAAUCGCAUCACGGUGGAGACGCCCUCGGACGACAGCGGUCCCGGCAAGGGAAGUACCAAACGCUCGUAUGACUUGACCUCGAACGACUUCUUCUGGAACAAGAACGCGGGCGCCCCCUUUCCGCAAGUGGCCGAGGACAUUGAUACCGAGCUCACACGGUAUAAAGACGACGCGGCCGAGGUUACGAAGAAGACUGGUGCCAACUCGAUUGAAGACCUCCAAAACGACACCAGCUCGUCAGCGCAGCAUCUCAAGGCAGCCAUCACCCUUCUACCAGAGCUGCGGGAACGAAAAGCACUACUGGAUAUGCACAUGAACAUUGCCACGGCGCUACUCAAAGGCAUCAAAGACCGACAACUGGACAACUACUUCCAGCUCGAGGAAGACAUCAAGAAACAGACCAAGCAGUCGAUGCUGGAGCUGCUGAACGAUUCCGACAAAGGCCAGGAGCCACUUGAUAAGCUCCGAAUCUUCAUCAUUUGGUUCUUGAGUACCGAGCAGGACGUUUCUCGAGCCGAGAUGGAGAGGUUUGAAGAAGCCCUGAAACAGUCCGGCGUCGACACUCUUCCCCUGACCUACAUCCGACGGGUGCGGGAGAUUACUCGAAUGACGAUGAUAUCCUCCGCUCCAACACAACCACAACAAACCUCCGCAUCAAAUGAGAUCUUCCGUGGCUUCAGCUCGAUUUCAUCCCGCCUCACAGAUCGAUUCAAGGAAGCCGGCCUCGGUGCCAACUUCGACAACCUCAUAUCGGGUGUGAAGAACUUCUUGCCUGUCAACAAAGACUUGACGCUUACCAAGAUUACCGAAAGCCUCAUGGACCCCUCGAAUGCGUCGACCAGUGCGUUGCAGAAGACGGAGGGCUUCUUGUACUUCGAUCCCCGCUCUCCGAACGCGCGCGGCAUCAUGCCGCCGAGCGCAAAGGAUGGUCGAUCUGGGACGACGCAGACUCGAGGAAUCGAGGCUUCUUUCGGACAGCGAAGGCAAGGUUUCAGCGAAGCCAUUGUCUUCACUGUGGGCGGUGGAAGCAUGGAUGAGUACGGCAAUCUACAGGAGUGGGCGAAACGGACGAGUGGAGGCAGCGGAGCAGCGAGCACUGUCGGCAAGAAGAGGGUGGUGUACGGCAGCACCGAGCUGGUCAAUGCCGAGACCUUCUUGCAAGAGCUUGCGAAGCUCGGGAAGGAGAGCGCUUGA